AUGGCAGCUCAAGCAUUUGCUUCAUGUACUCUUCUUCUCUUCAUUUGCUUACACCUUCAAGGCAUUUUGGCUGAUUAUGGAGGUUGGCAGGGCGGCCAUGCCACUUUCUAUGGUGGUGGCGAUGCAUCUGGCACAAUGGGAGGAGCAUGUGGAUAUGGGAAUUUGUACAGUCAAGGCUAUGGAAAGAACACUGCCGCACUAAGCACUGCCUUGUUUAACAAUGGCUUGAGCUGUGGUGCUUGCUAUGAAAUGAGAUGUGACGCUGACCCAAGAUGGUGUCUCCCUGGUACCAUUACUGUCACUGCCACAAAUUUUUGCCCACCUAACCCAUCUUUACCUAACAACAAUGGUGGAUGGUGCAAUCCUCCUCUCCAACACUUCGACAUGGCUGAGCCUGCUUUCUUGCAAAUUGCUCAAUACCGUGCUGGAAUUGUGCCUAUAGCUUUCAGAAGGGUGCCUUGUGUGAAGAAGGGAGGAAUAAGAUUUACCAUCAAUGGUCACUCUUACUUCAACCUGGUCCUUAUCACCAAUGUUGCUGGGGCUGGAGAUGUUCAUUCAGUUUCAAUCAAAGGAUCGAAAACAGGGUGGCAAGCCAUGUCAAGAAACUGGGGCCAGAACUGGCAGAGCAACUCUAACCUUAAUGGUCAAAGCCUAUCUUUUCGAGUCACCGCCAGCGACGGCAGAACUGUCACAAGUUACAAUGCGCUGGGCCAUCCUGGACUUGAACCAGAAACCUCGUCCGUGAAGUCAAGAGAUAUUUUUGAAGGAUUCGGGCUUUCUGGAUUGUAUGUAUCCAUUUGCCCUUUUACCAAAAUGGGCCACAAAAUUUCCAAGCACCAAUCACAUCUAAAGGAUGCUCUGAUUCCUGGAAGCCCAUGA